AUGUUGGGCCACUACCCGCCCAAGCACUGCUCCCGGCCGUUCGGGAACUGUAAUAGCGGCAACUCUCACCGGGAGCCCUACGUCGCUGCCCAUAACAUGAUCAUGUCACAUGCCGCCGCCGUCGACAACUACAAGAGGAAUUAUCAGGCAACCCAAGGCGGUUCGAUCGGGAUCGUCAUCGCCAUGAAAUGGUAUGAGCCGCUGACCAACUCCACAGAGGAUAUCCUGGCUGCAAGACAGGCGUUGUCCUUUGAGGUGGACUGGUUUUUGGAUCCGUUAUUCUUUGGUGACUAUCCAAGAGAAAUGCGUGAGAUGCUGUCAUCAAACUUACCAAAGUUCACCUCCGAGGAGAAGAGGUUACUGCAGAACAAGGCGGAUUUUAUUGGGGUAAACCAUUACACGGCAAUCUAUGCCAAGGAUUGCGUCUCUUCUCCAUGCGACCUUAAGAGUUACGAGGGAAAUGCGCUGGUCCAAGCUGUAGGUGAAAGGGACGGUGUGGCAAUUGGAAGACCAACUGCAUUCCAUGGUUACUACGAUGUUCCGGAAGGUAUGGAGCUGAUCGUUAAGUAUGUCAGUCAGAGAUACGAGAACACGCCUGUGUACGUUACUGAAAAUGGUGAGUGGCAAGGGAGGGCAAUUAGGAAUUCACAAUGCGUUCAGAAGAAUGCCUGA